UUGUCGAAGCCCAAAGGUCAGCCGACUGAAAGUGGCAAAUCGUAAUUCGCGAACUAUUUUUUAAUUGAUAGCAGGAUAGCUAUCAUUUACAGUUACUCUAGCACAUUGGUUACUCGACAACUCAAAUCAGACAGUUGUGUUUCGUGAGAUACAUAAAAUGGGUUCUCGUUUCCAAGUUGUAGAGCAAGGGCCACCAAUUGAAGUGUUUCAAGUAAACAAACUUUUUACAGAAGAUACAUUUAAAAAUAAAGUAAAUCUUAGUAUAGGAGCAUACAGAGAUGAAAAUGGCAAACCAUGGGUUUUGCCCGUUGUGAGAAAAAUGGAGAAGCAGAUGGCUGCUGAUGACACUCUUCUACAUGAAUACCUUCCUGUACUAGGUUUGGAACAGUUCAGCAAGGCAUCGGUUUCGAUGCUUCUCGGAGAAGACAGUCCUGCAAUCGCUGACGGUCGUGCUUUCGGUGUCCAAACAUUAUCAGGCACCGGUGGUCUACGUGUUGGCUCCGAGUUUCUAAACAAACACCUUAAAUAUACUACAUUCUACUAUUCGAGUCCAACUUGGGAAAACCACCAUCUCGUAUUCGUCAAGUCUGGUUUCACGCAACCACGAACAUAUCGAUACUGGGACGCAAAGAAUCGCACCAUCGAUUUCGCCGGAAUGAUCGAGGACUUGAAGAAUGCGCCCGAGAACUCGGUGAUCAUUUUGCACGCAUGCGCACACAAUCCGACCGGAAUAGAUCCCACACAGGAGCAAUGGGAGAAGAUCGCUGAUGUUAUGGAGGAGCGCAAGCUGUUUCCCUUCUUCGACAGUGCAUACCAAGGUUUCGCUUCGGGUGAUUUGGACCGCGACGCGUGGGCCGUCCGUUACUUCGUGAAGCGUGGCUUCGAACUCGUCUGCGCGCAGUCCUACGCCAAGAACUUCGGAUUGUACAACGAGCGCGUGGGCAACCUGUCGCUGGUGGUGUCGGACGCGGCGCUGGUGCCGGCGCUGCGCUCGCAGCUCACGUGGGUGGUGCGCGCCUCGUACUCCAACCCGCCCGCGCACGGCGCGCGACUCGUCGCCAACGUGCUCUCCGACUCCAAGCUCUUCGACGAGUGGAGGGACCACAUCAAAUUCAUGUCUUCACGCGUUAUCCAAAUGAGAGAAGCGUUAAGAGCUGAACUUAUCAAAUUGGGAACUCCCGGCAACUGGGACCACAUCGUGAAACAGAUCGGGCUGUUCUCGUACACGGGCCUGACGGCGCGCCAGGCGGAGUACCUGAUCCAGCAGCAUCACAUCUACCUGCUGCGCUCGGGCCGGAUCAACAUCUGCGGCCUCAACCCCGGCAACGUGGCGUACGUCGCCGGCGCCAUACACGACGCCGUCACCAAGUUCCCGGAGAAUGAGUAAUUGUUUUUCUUAUAUUUAUAUCGCAAAUUGAAGGCGGCUUUUGUUGAAAUAUGUUUUCGAACCAUUCUUGUAAGUAUAGAAUAAUAUGCUGUAUAAUACAUAAUGAUUAGAUUUUAUAAAAUAACUUUUUUAUUGUUUUUUAAUAUUGACAUUGAUUGAGAGUUGUCAGAGAUUUUUAAACAUGGCAACACUGACCAAUUAGACAAUAUUAUUGUACGAUAUAUCUUUAUGUUAAAUUGUAUAAAUGAAAUUGGAAUGGUCGUUGCAAUUAUGCAUAAGGACGUACUUUCGAGCAGCUACAAUGUUUUAAUAGCAUAUACAAUAAAUAAUAAACUAUUAUAUGUAUUUCGUCAUUGUUACAAAAAAAACUGGUAUAAUGUUAUAUAUACUGGACGCAUUUAAUUUUUCUCAUUCCUAAGGCAACUAUAAUAUGUAAACAAACAUAUUUGCAUUUAAAAACAUUUUCACAGUGUUUACAUGUACAAAAUUAAUGACGAUUUAUCGAAUAAAGUUUAAAAAUAUUGUAUAGCAUAUUAUUGUUAUUUGUAAAGAAUAUACUCAGUUCAAAAAAAAAUAGUUUUACUAGAAGCCUAAAUAUAUAAAUAUUUAAAAAAACGAAUAGCUUUUGCUAAACCAUUUUCAAUGGACGAUAUUGAAAUAUUUAUAAAAAUAGAUUACAUCCCAUUAUUGAAAUUUACGACCGUGAUAACUAUGAUAGCAAUAUAAAAUGUAUAUUUAUUAAUUGUCUUUGAAAAUUUUAAAACUAACCGUAACAGUAUAAAAAUUAAUAUUUUGAAUAUGAUUUUCAAGGUAUUAGAUUUUAUUCCAAAUGGUGUCACUGCCAUUAUAUGUACAGAACAAAUUGUGUGUUCAUUUAAAACAAAGAGGCCUUAUUGGUCCAGAUUUAAUGGGAUUAUUAGUUUUUCGACAAGUUGAUAUAUAACCAUAGAGCUCAGUAUUAAAGAGCUUAUUAAUGUCACAAAGUUUAUCUAUCAGAUCAAUAGAGAAAAUUAACUUUUUAGUAUGAUAAUGCCUUAUAAAAUUAGUCGUAAAAAUUGACCAUUCUUUGAAUUUAUGAACAUAUUGCUAUUUUAUUAAAUUCAAUAUUGAAUGUAUCUCUCUUGUUCUGAUAGAGCGGUGCAUAGUUCCAUAGAUAAAUUAUACAAUUUAGCUUCGCACAGAUAAUGCCUUUGUCUAGUUUGUAUUUAUUUUAUUUUUUGUUUAGAUGAUGUAAGCGAUGUUGCAAAUAUAAAUCUGAGUUACAAAA